AUGCAAGGUCAGCUCGAGUUAACACCGACAUACGCCGUGCAAUUGGAUGAAAAGAUCCUGGCAAAUGCACACGCGGUGGGCGACGUAGACGGUGAUGGCGUCACGGAAUUGUUAGUCGGCUCUUUAAUAGGAAACGUAGCAGUCUUUAAGAUUGUACAAAAUCACUUAAUUCAGUGGAAAAGCUGUGACGUAAAUGGCAGCGUGACAUCCAUUUGUCUCGAUAUGUCAAUUGCUCAAGAUACUCGGAUUAUUGUAGCAACAGCAGAAGGCAAAUGCUUUGUUUUUCGGUCUGUAGAGGACAAUAAUGUGCUUCAAUUGUGCUCCAAGUUUACUGUCGCACUCAAUGUUUGUGACAUUGUCCACGUGAAUGGCGAGCUCAUUCUUGCAAUGCGUGAUGGACGAGUGCUCGUGUAUCGACGAAAUGAAGCAGAUCUGAACAAUGUCGCAGAGUACGUGCCGGUUGCACAAAUGGAGAUGAACGAAGAAGUCGAAGCGCUGAUUGUGCUGCAGUCUGAGCUGUCGAAUCUCAAUACGUCGCCUCAGCUUCUCGCUCGGUGCUUUUCUGGUCGUGUCUUUUGCAUUGGUGGGUCAAACACAGCGGGUGCAAAUUACAAGCGAGCUAUUGUACCGUGGAAUGGCCCUCCUAAUGACAAUGAUGGCAUCACUUUUGUGGUUGCUGACAUUGAACUGGGUGGAGAAAGAGGCAUGGUUGCACUUGUAUCAAUGAAUGGUCUUGUGUCACUGUUUGCGUCAUCGGGAGAGAAGCAGUGGGAGUUUCAGUUGCCAGAAGCUGUAGUCAACGCCGACAAGCUCGAAAUGACAUCGUCGGAAGGAGACCGUCAUGAUGCUAUUGUGGUCUGCACCUGGAGUGGACAAAUAUACGCGUUUCAAAGCGAACAAAGACUGGUGCGUUUCCGCAUGUUGCUACCAGCUUGCUCAAUGUUUUGUGUUGGUAUCCGUGACAUAUCUGGCCAGAUUGACCCGACCAUUGUCGGGAUCAGCACUUCCGGCACAGUUUUCGUCUACCAUGACGUCCAGGAAACACUAAUUCGAGGUUUGCAGGACUCUACUCUGGCGGAUAAAGUCAAGGGAAGCGCUGUGUUUGUUCAGCUCGAUAGUCCAGAGAAACGAAAGGCAGUUAUGCAAAAGCUUCACGAUGCGUUUCCACAAUUUGUCGUGUCCGUCGAGACUGCAACACCAAGUGUAGAAGAUGUUAUAAAAGCUAUGCUUGCCAUUCCUGUGCAGCCGUAA